AUGAAGUUUCUUCCACUUCCAGAGUUUGAAGACGUGACCAGUUCUCUCAAUUUCGAUACAACGGACUGUCACAUUGUUGGCGGCUGUGACAUCUACACCACGAAGGCCGCACGCUCCGAUCGGAAACUCUACAACCAUAUCGAACAAUCGCUGGAAGCUCAAUACGAAUCGGUGCUUCGAUUUUCGGCUUCGCUUUCUCCUCCAAACGCCCACGAUGCCGCUGAGACCCUCAACCUCUCGCGGUCUAGCCCGUUUGGACCCCUGAGCGAGCACUCGAGUCGACGGACCUUUGCCUACCUAAUCGCCACUCUGAAUGCGAGCCACCCGGAUUACGACUUCUCCCAGGUACUGCGGCCUACUGAUUUCCGACGCGAACGGAAUUUAAAACGUGUCAUGAACACAGUCGACUCAACGUUGCUCAACCUGCGACCGCGCGAGAACAUCACUUUGUCUCCCGCAUCCCCUGCAACACUUUCGGGAUCGUACACCGCAGGGUCAUCUUCUGCAUGGGGCCCACGUGUGUGGAAGACAAUUGAUGAACACAUGUCGCUGAAGGAGUGUUCAAUUUACUCAUAUUCCCCGGAGGAGGAUCCAUCCGAUGCCGAUGACGGAGCUAUUUGGAGUCUCCACUUCUUUUUCUUCAACCCGAUUCGCAAGCGCGUCUGUUAUAUUUUCCUACGCGCAAUCCCCAUACUCAGUCAUACGCCGGACGAAUUGGCAACCACACCUACCGGGAAGCGCACCUACGACGAUGGAUAUCUCACCCCGGAUCUCAGCUCGAGCAAGCGUGCCAAAUUUUGGUUUGGCGAACGCGCCAUGUCGAGUUUUAUCGGCAGUUACAGCGAUGACGAGAUGGAUCGUCCCUCGAAGCCGAACCGGAGUUCCGCGGACGAAUAUGACACUUAUGUCAUCAGUGACGAUGACGAAAACCUGCCACCCAACCGACGUGGUGUCAGGGCUAUGAGUGAGGAAAUCGCCGACUCAAUGGAAGUCUAA